AUGAAAAAAGAAAAAAUUGAAAACGGUGAAAUAGAUGGAAAUGAGGAUAAUGACGAAGACGAUUGUAGUGCUCCAAGUAGUUCAGUUGACAUGGAUUCCAGAACUAGAAUUACAGUUAGAAAUUUACGUAUUCGAGAAGAUACAGCUAAAUAUUUAUAUAAUCUCAGUGAAAAUGCUCCAUAUUAUGAUCCAAAAUCAAGAUCAAUGAGAGAGAAUCCUAAUGAAGGUAAAGAUGAAAUGAGCAAAGGUAACUUUGCUGGUGAGAAUUUUGUCAGAUAUACAGGAGAAGUCAUUGAUGCAAAUGAGGCUCAAUUAUUUGCAUGGAAUGCUCGAACAAAAGGUAUAGAUAUAAAUGCUUUAGCAGAUCCUACUAAAGUUGAAAUAAUGAGAAAAGAAUAUGAAAAGGAGAAAAAAGAUAGAAUGAAGCAAAUCUUUGAUAAAUAUGGCGGAGAAGAGCAUAUGAUAUCAACUAAAGAUGAAGAUUUAACUAAUGCUUAA